AUGGAUUUGCUGGCGUCCUUGGCCGCCGAGGAGCGGUGGCUGUUCCCGGCGUUCCUCGCCAUGUACGCCGCCAUCUACUGCGCGGGCCAGCUCGUCGUGUUCCGGCGGUGGGCGCCGCGGCAGCGGCUCGACGGCGCCAGCUGCCUCAUCUCGCUCUUCCACGGCACCCCCGCCGCGCUGGCCGCCGCGGGGGCCAUCCUCGCGCUGCCCGCGGGGCCCCGCUCCUUCGCCGCGCCCAACGCGCGCCUCCAGGACCACGUCCUCGACUACAGCGUCGCCUACUUCACCAUGGACCUGCUCCACUACCUCGCCUUCCUGCCCGGGGACGUCCUCUUCAUCGCGCACCACCUCGCCACGCUCUUCGUCUUCCUCACCUGCCGCUACCUCGUCCGCCACGGCGCCUACGCUCUCCUCGUCCUCCUCGUACUCGCCGAGGUCACCAGCCUGAUGCAGAACGUCUGGACGCUCGCCGGGAUCUGGCGGGACCAGUCCCCCGCCGCCGCGUGCGUCUACGGCGCCCUCUCGCCGCCCUUCUACGCGCUCUACACGCUCGUCAGGGGCGUCGCCGGCCCGCUCUUCCUCCUCAAGAUGGCCGCCUUCUACCUGUCCGGCCAGGCCGUCGACGUUAUCCCGUGGUGGGUGCGGAUCUCCUGGAUCCUCGUUGUCGGCACCGCCAUUGCGGUCAGCAACCUGUGGAUUUGGAACCUCUGGAAGGAGCUCGUCAGGGAAUGGAAGCAAGCCCCUUCCAAGUCAAAGAAAGACACAUAG